AUGGUGAGUUUGAGAUUCUGCCGUGUCUUAUUAAUCUCGACGAUAAUUAAUGGAAUCUUUAGCGUUGCGUCUCCUGGUGAUAAUUUAGAUGAAUUUAUUGAUUGCUGUGAUGCAUGUGAAUACCAAAGGAAAUGCCCGAACUCGUGGGUAGAAUGGGUCAACCCUGAAGAAAAUGUAUUUACUAAAGAGAAAUUUUCAAAUACUCCCACAAUUUUAUCAAAAUUUUUGUUUUGGGAUUGUAUAGCAGAUUGUGAUUAUCAAUGUCAACAGAUUAUUACUCAGAUAAGGAUAAUAAACGAUGUAGAAAUAUACCAAUUCCAUGGGAAAUGGCCAUUUUUAAGACUUUUCACAAUGCAAGAACUAUUUUCUACAAUUUUUAGUAUAGGUAAUUUUUUCCCUCAUUAUUAUUCUUAUAUAAAGAUUACAGCCAAGAUACGUAAGAUUAAAGAGCUAGGGGUAGACGUGCAAAGAACUAAAAUCCUUCAGAAUUAUUUGUAUGUUGCCAUCGCAGGGAUGUGUGCGUGGACUGCAUCCUCAGUUUUCCAUUGGAGAGAUUUAAUAAUCACUGAGAAAUUUGAUUAUUUUUUUGCAGGAAUGACUGUUUUAAUGGGAUUCCAUGCAAUUUUUGCUAGAUUGACUCAUUUGGAUCGUUAUCCAAAAUUAGGAAGAUAUUUCUCUGGAUCAGUAGCUUUUAUAUUCUUUUUACAUGUGUUGAGAUUAUACAUUGAUUGGUCUUAUACUUAUAAUAUGAGAUUUAAUAUAUUUUUCGGUAUAAUGCAAUAUCUGUUAUUAUUGACGUUAGCUUUACAAAAUUAUUUUUAUUUGAAAAGAGAAAGACAUAAUAUCAGUGGAUCAAUAUACAUGUCACAAUCAAAACUGACUUUCAAACUGUGUAUCGUCCCAGUAUUGAUGGUAGUCGGUACGUCUAUGGCUAUGUCAUUAGAAUUAUUCGACUUCUUUCUCUAUGACUAUCAAAUCGAUGCACAUGCGAUAUGGCAUCUAUGUACCAUAUGGCCGUCUUGGGUUUUGUACAGCUUCUUUACGGACGAUUACGACCUGGUAUUAAACAAACAGAUCAAGAAUUGA